UCUGAAUUAUCUCUGAAUGAUUCAGACUCAGAUGAUUCAGUAAAGUAGGUAUUACGAAACAUUUCCUAAUUUGGAUCAACCUUUGUUAUACUAUCCUAUUUUACAAUUUAAACAAUGUUCCCAAUCUCGAAUUAAAUUUCAGUUUCCAUCUUCCUUACGUCAGACUUGAAUCCAAAGCCUAAAAUUGGUGACAUAAAAUAUGCACAAUGUUUUAAAUUACAUAGAAACAUAACAUUGAUCCAGUGUCGCCAUUAUACUUCUUCAUUCACAAUUAAUAUUUGUAUCAACAUGGUUGAAAAAUAUAUCGUCCUCCAAGGUACCCUAAACAGUUUAAAAUUAUUGGGUAUAUGGCCCGGUAACACAAAAGUAAACGCAUGGUAUUACUUGAAAUAUGUUCUGAUGGCGCCUCUAUUAUACGUGGCGUAUCUAGUCAUAAUUUUCGAUUUCGUUUAUAGAUUUAAAUAUGGAAUUCCUUUGGACCUAGAAUUAGCUACCACAUUUUGUUCCGCCUCAAAUAUUAUCUACAUGAUUGUGCAAUUCAUGCUUAAUAUUGAAGAAAUACAAUCUAUAUGUCUUGAUUUAUCCAAUGCGCAGGAGUUUCCUUUACCACCCGAUUUUCAAAAAACUAGGAAUAAUAUAAAUCAAACAUCGAAGAUUUAUCGUUUAUAUAUGUUUUUUACAUGUGUCAUUUAUGGUGUAAUACAAAUGUUUACUGGAAACCCAUGUGAAGAACUCAAGGAAGCAGUAGAUCUAAAACUAUUUUGCGGUGUUUUUGUUCCCACCGUUUUGCCAUUUAACAUGGAUUUUUUUCCAGCUCUUCAAUUACUAUUUUUAUUCGAACUUUUGUCGUCAAUGCAUAUUUAUCUAGGGGGUGCUUACAUAAUCUUAAUGCCUUAUGAAAUAGUUCUGUAUAUUAAGAACAAAAUGAACCAUUUGUGCCUCAUCUUAGAAACUAUUCCUAGCAAAAACGACGAAAACGUGCAAAAGGAAACAAUGAAACUUUGUGUCCGUUACCACCAACACAUCAUCACUAUAUCAGAUAAAAUUACUAAGCUAUAUAGUAAAAUUUUCGCAGUUCACAUAAUUUUUACUGCAGUUGUGUUUGCUUUGCUGGCAAAACAAUCUACAAAUAACAUCAACGCACAGGUUCAUUUCGUCGCUUGGAUUAUUGCCUUAUUUGUAUCCUGUCAUUCUGGACAAGAACUGACUUAUGCAAGUGAAAUUUUCGAAGAAAAGAUUAUGUACAUGUGUGAGUGGUAUAAGUUGAAUAUCUCUCUUCAAAAGGAUUUGCAGUUCAUGUUAUUGCGUAGUCAAAAGGUCUUACUUUUUCCGGUUGGACCAUUCGCAAUUUUAAAUUAUGAUUUAUUUAUAAAGAUUAUUAAAACGACGUAUUCGUAUUUUAUGUUAAUUGAAAAUUCUUCAAAUGAUAUUUAGAAAAUAGAAUUUAAGUUGCACUAAUACCAACUAUAGAAAAAUAUAAAGCAUGUCUCAUUUUCAGAUGAUAGGUUAUGUAAUUUUGCACUUAGUGGACACUCAAAUAAUAUGUCAAAUAUUUAAUUGUCAAAUUCAAUAUGUCAAAUAUAGUAGAAAAAUUGAAGGUAAAAUUCAA